AUGGAACUAAGCCGCACAACAUUAGGUUUCGCAGCUGGAAUAGCUGGUACCCUCUUCUUAGGGUAUUGUGUGUAUUUUGAUCAACAACGUCGUAAAGACCCGCUGUACAAAAAAAAAUUGAAGGAGCGUAGGCAAAAUGCACAACAGAAUUCAAGCAGAUCACGCACAAUGGGUGGUCCUCUGCCUGAUAUGAAUGAUCAUGAAGCCAUGCAGAGAUUCUUCCUGCAACAGAUCCAACUGGGAGAAGAAUUGCUGGCAGCUGGUGAUCUAGAGGCAGGUGUGGAACAUCUAGGACAGGCGGUGGCUGUUUGUGGACAGACACAACAAUUACUAAGUGUGCUCCAACAAACAAUGCCACCACACAUAUUCCACCUACUCCUCAAGAAGUUACCAGAGAUAUCUGACCGCCUUCGCUGUUCAAUGAGAGGUGCAACCUUACAAGAAGAAGAUGUGGAAUAA